AUUUGCUGUGAAGUUUCCAAACAUAAAGAAAAAGAAAGAAAGAACAAAGGAAAAGAAGCAUGGAUUCUUUGCCAACUGCACGAAAACCAUCGCCUUCAUCAGCAGGAGGCUUAACAACAUUAAAGCCAUCUCCGUCAUCAUUAGGUGCAGGAGUCAAUCGAGAUCAACAAGUCGAAAAACUUCUCAAAGAAGUUAAACAACUUAAACAAAAAGUCGACAUUCUUGACAAAGAGAACAUUGCAUUGAAAAAGAGCAUUUAUGACCUAUCUACUCGCUACGCAGCGUCUAUAUCUCAAGGUGGACUACCCUAUAGACCAGGACCUUUUGUCAUUGCAGACACAUCACCAGGUUCAAAAGGAAUGAUUACAAAGGCACAAGAGAUGAUUACAAAGGCAGUACAGGAAGCAGGUGGUCAUGAUACAUUCCAGUCUGCUGGAAAGUACCCACACGAUUCUCGCGAUGGUAAAGCGUUCCAGAUGCGCUAUGAGUUAAAGGGUCACACAGGUGCUGUUUAUACCGUAGAGUUUUCUCCAAAUGGUGCUCUUUUGGCAUCCGGAUCUUUUGACAAGACCGUUCGUAUCUGGGAUACAGCAUCUGCACAAAAAGAGGCAAGACACGCCCUGAAUGUAUCCGAUCUUUCAUGGACUUCAGACUCUAGUAUGCUUUUGUCAGGUGCCUAUGAUGAAACUUGUAAAACAUGGGAUGUAGAUAGUGGCAAACUAGUAGGAAGCUAUGACACUGAGGGAUUUGUUCAAUGCGUUGGAUGGGACUUUGUGGAUUCGAAUAUAUUUUACUAUGGUACAUCUCGAAAGGUACUUGCCGUGAUAGACGUUAGAACCGAUGGUCCAGCAGCCGCAAUCAUUCGAAAUGACGCAAUGGUCAAUACACUAUACCCAUCUCGGGAUGGCGUUCAUGUCAUUACAGGAGAUGCACAAGGAAUGCUUAAGGUGUGGGAUAUCAGAUCCAAGCAAUGUAUAUCAGCAGUAGCAAAUGAUUCAGGAAAAAUGCCAAUCACUCACAUUUCAAUCGGAAGAAGAAGAACAGAUGCUUCUCGUAGAGCUGUGGAUGAUUAUGAUGAACCAAGGUACAUGGCCGUCAAUAGUUAUGAUAACCUGAUGCGAGUAUAUGAUCGAGGCAUGGAUCCUCCAAAAUCAGAACUACGUAUAGUACACGCAUUAAAAGGCUUCAAGAACAAGAACUGGCCUAUCAAAGGAUCUUUCUACUGUGGAAGUGGUUACAACUCUUCGAUUAUCAGUCGACCUACGGUUCCUUUCAUCAAUGAUCUUUACAGUGAUCCUGAUUUGGUUUCUAAUCCAGGAGAGUAUUUUGAUGUAGCUGAACCGAAAGAAGAAAAAAGUGUCCUGUUGGCUACAGGAAGUGCUGAUCCAUAUGCAUAUCUUUACAAUGUUGGAGAAGAUAGUGCAGAAUUAAUGCAGCGAUUGGAAGGGCACACGGAUAGAGUCUAUGCAGUAAAUUUCCACCCCACUGAGCCAAUUCUUGCCAGUUGUUCUGCAGAUUGUACUGUCAAGGUCUGGGGACCUAGUCCGUCAAGGGGAAAGAAAAAGGCGAUUAUCUAGAAACUAUAUAUAUAUUAUUCGAGAAAAG